AUGGAUAUGUUUUCAAAGGCAAAACCUAGCUCAGAUGUUCAAGCUUUCAUAUUUCCUGUGACCUCCACAAAUCAACGAGGUGUUGGUGUUUGGGGGUCAAACUGGGCACCCUCUUGUUUGCUGAUGGGGAACAUGGAGAAGAAGGCCAACAAGAAGGCCUUGUAUAAAAAGCAGCGUGGCCAGCAGGUCUAGGGAAGUGAUUGUCCUCCUGUACUCGGCUCUGGUGAGGCCGCACCUCGAGUACUGUGUUCAGUUUUGGGCCCCUUCUACAAGAAGGACAUGGAGGUGCUCGAGAGAGUCCAGAGGAGGGCGACGAGGCUGGUGAGGGGUCUGGAGAGCAAGUCUUACGAGGAGCAGCUGAGGGAGCUGGGGUUGUUCAGCCUGGAGAAGAGGAGGCUCAGGGGCGACCUUAUCGCUCUCUACAGGUACCUUAAAGGAGGCUGUAGCGAGGUAGGGGUUGGUCUAUUCUCCCACGUGCCUGGUGACAGGACGAGGGGGAAUGGGCUAAAGUUGUGCCAGGGGAGGUUUAGGUUGGAUAUUAGGAAGAACUUCUUUACUGAAAGGGUUGUUAGGCAUUGGAAUGGGCUGCCCAGGGAAGUGGAUGAGUCAUCAUCCCUGGAGGUCUUUAAAAGACGUUUAGAUGUUGAGCUUAGUGAUAUGGUUUAG